UCUGUUCUGUAAACAAGUUGUCAAUUCUUCAUGUUCGAUUUGUUCCGGAGGAAAUUAUCAUUCGCGGAGUUUAAUUGGACUGAGGGAUCUGGGAAUUGCGAGUUGGGAUCGAGUUGAGAUUUUUGGGGGAAGAGGGUUUUGAGUUUUGGGGGAUUCGUGUGGUGAAUUCUUUGGGAUUUUUGUGCGGAUUUUGUGGAUUUGUGGUGGGAAGAUGUCCCAGGGAGAUCAGAGUUCCCCUCCGGAGAAAAUUGCGAACCGGAAACUGGCCGCUUUCAGCAUCGAGAGACUGCUGGCACCGAACAAGGAUCCGCCCGUCGAUCAGCGAUCGAUUUUUCAUGCGAAAUUCAAGUCUUCGCCGGCGGAUGAGUUUUACGAUGAAGGCCGAGCCCUGACGGCAGUCCCCGACUCGUCGAUGUCGUCGACGGAAGAAAUCGAGAGCCUGGAGGAGUCGAACACAGUGGGCUCCACCACCCCAGAGCCGGAAAUCAGCUACGAAGCGUGCACAAGCAGCAGUGGUGGAAAUUGCGGUGUGGAAAUGGAUUGCAGUGACAAAGACAUCCACGAGGGAAGUUCCAGCGUGACCAGCGACGACGACAGAAAGAAACGACCGCGCACAGCCUUCACAGCGGCGCAAAUAAAAUCCCUGGAGGCGGAGUUCGAGAGAAAUAAAUACCUCAGCGUUGCGAAGCGAUUGCAGCUGAGCAAGAGCCUUAAACUCACUGAGACACAGAUAAAAAUUUGGUUCCAGAACAGGAGAACGAAAUGGAAGCGAAAGUACACUAACGACGUGGAAUUAUUAGCACAGCAGUACUAUUCCAGUCUCGGAAUUCCAGCGCCACGACCGAUAUUUGUGGGUGAUCGUCUGUGGUUCUUCAAUUACCCUGGACAACCCCAACCAGCUACCCCUCCUCUGCUACCUCCACACAUGGGCCACCUCUCCCUGCCCCCUGGAAUGCCAAUCGUCCAGCCACUGGCAAGCAACUUAUCCCCAGGAACUCAACACUCAGUGUUCCCCAGCAUCUCUCCCUCCCACUCUGUCCACCCCCUGACCCAGAGGAUCGACUUCAGAAGACAAGAUACGUGAGACGUCAAAAUAAUAAAGGAGAAAUAAAAAUUAAGAUGAAACGUUUUAUACUUGCAUUUUAAGCAACAACAGAACUGCCGAGUGAUCAAUAAUAAUUACUGUUGUAAGAAGGAAGGACUGAAGGGAGAAAAUAAAUAGAUUGCUGAUUU